GGACUCUUUACUUCUAACCAGCCUCUAACAUUCUAUCCCAUUCUCUCAAAAAGCGUUAGCUUGAAAUUCGAACAAGUAUCAAUGCUAGUAAACAAUUCUGGAAUUGGAACGGAACAAUUCCACUAAUCGUUUGACCACGCCAUCUUUCAGUGAAACGAGACACAUACGCCAAGCAGGACUGUUUUUUGAAGGACACAAUGUCUCGUUUUCAACUUUACCAAGCAUGAACUACGUCACCUCUCCACAGUUUCCGGAUACCAUUUCGCAAUUUUUACAAGAGGCCUCACAUCUCUGCGCCAACACCGAACUCUUCACUCUGUUAGGCGAAACAAUGCAUCGUCUCACAUGGAUCCAGCUCGAUGCCCUUCUCCUCUGCAUGCCAUCUCUACAAUGCUUCAUCCUUGCCAACUUUGUAUUUUUAGGUUCUGCAGACGGCGACUCGGAUACCCGAUCAUGUCACGUUCAUCCCUCAGUCCACAACGUGAGACUCUACACUCUCAACGCGAGUUCUGCGCAGACGAUCUAUGACCUUUUUUGUCUUCUCCCGAACGUUCAAUCUUUUAUGACUUUUAGCCUAACGAUAAUCAACCACGAUAGCCCGCUGGAUACCUAUCCUCCGCAUCUCGCACUUAAUUCUUUGACGAUUUACUUAAGCGAUACAAGACUUAUAGCGGGCUUGAAGCACGUAAGCACAACUCAUCCGCUGACAACCUUAGAUGUGGCGUAUAUCAACAAGCCAGAUAUGAUGGCGACAAUGUGGAACCUUGACCCUCUAAUCAAACGGAACCUCAAAUCGUUCCGAAUAGGCUUCCGUACAAUAUUCGAUCAAACGGAGGACCUUGUUGUGCUCAGGUCCCAAGAAAUAAACCCUUGGGAUGGUAUCGAUUUCUCGUCUUUCACAUCUCUUAGCUCGAUUGCCAUUAUCAUUCCCGUUGGACCUGAUAUGGGGUGCGACAUCCGUGCUUUCGACUUCGUACCUGCAACAGUGCGCUAUGUCAGAGUAGAACUGUAUCUUAAUGAUGGAGGGGGAUCCGAGGACACCGUGCUUAAUCCAGGCUCGGAUGUAUGGGAGCCUUUAGAUCGGCUGCAAUCUCGUUGCCCGCAGCUUGAAUGGGUAACUCUCCAGCAACGGUACUUGGACCCAAACCACUCCGAUGGUAGGCUGGGAUACAAUGAGUGGACACCUUGGUCCGAAGAGGCGUCUCUUGUACUCCGUGAGCGUAUCCCGACCUUAGCGGCCAGACGAAUGCUAUGGGGGCUCUUCGCUGGUCCGAGUCCAAAUUAGUCCGUCAUUUUUAUGGCAUAUACUGCAGAGGGACGUUUGUGGCCCGUGUGGUAGCGUCUCUUCAUGUCAGCUCAAGACUAUUUCCUCAUUCGCUACUGUAAAAUCCAAGUCCUUUGAACUUUGCAUUGGC